AUGCAUACAGAUUUAUCACCACACUUGCAUACUGACGAAUGUAAUAUUCUUAUAAAAAAGUUACAAGAUUGUCAUGCAGAGCAUCCUUUUAGGAAAUUUAUAGGAUACUGCAAUGACUAUGAUCGUGAUAUGAGAAAGUGUUUAAAAGCAGAACGUUUGAGAAGACAAAAAGCAAAUUACGAAGAAUCACUCAAAAGGCACUCUGAAAUUCGAGCACGAAUACGUGCUCAAGAAAGAGCUCAGCAAUUGUAA